AUGGCAAUGCUAGCUACCCGUGUAGAUGAAAUGUCGCAGAAUUCAGAGGAAAGUGUGACAGUGUACAUUGCCGUUUCAGUGGUCCUGGCUAGUUUGACUUCAAUUGCCAUCAUAGUUAGUGUUAUCACUAUUUAUUGCAAGCAAAGACACCAAAGGAAUAAUGGCAGCUCGCAUACUGAGGCUGACGGAGAUGACCACUGCUACAUUGAAAGCGGAAAAGGCCGUAUGAAUGAAGAGCUGUCUGAUCUAAUGCAACGGAUGUCUGAGUUGAAAUUACUAGUUCCUGAGGGGUGUAUUAGCACCCAAAAAAUUGUAGGGGAAGAAACAAGCUCAAUGUUACUAUCCACAUGUCUACAAAUUUCAAGAGGAAUGCAAUAUUUGGCAGAGAGGAAGUUUAUUCAUCGCGACCUUGCAGCAAGAAACUGCAUGAUUGAUCUAAACAAUGUGAUAAAAGUGGCUGACUUUGGUCUGUCGGAAAAAAUUUAUUCCAGCAAGAGUUACUUCAGGAUAGAGGUGGCAGGGCAGGGAGGGGUUAAACUUCCAGUGAAAUGGAUGGCUAUUGAGAGCCUAAAUGAUGACAUAUUCUCUGAGAAGACUGAUGUGUGGUCAUUUGGAGUGACAUGUUGGGAGGUGUUCACAUUGGGGAAGGGGCCCUACCCUGGAGUGGACCCCUUUUCUCUACUCAGACAUCUGGAGAGAGGAGAGAGACUGGUCAAACCUGCUAAUGUAGCUUGCUCUGAGGAAAUGUGA